GUUUUGGGAGGGGUUUAAGUUGGAAGGAUCGUCAUUGGUUCGGCCGUUCAGGCUAGGCCUGAGCCCGCCCCGCUCGGAUGUCGAGGUUGCAGGCCGGGCCCGCUAGGCCCGCCCGCCCGCCUGCCCGCCUGCUGGCUGACAGCGCGACUCAGGGCGGAGGGAAGUAGGUCCGUUGGUCGGUCGGGAACGAGGCUCCAGCGGCCAGACCCGUGCUGAGCCGUUGCCAUGGCAGCCGCCGCCGGGGACGCGGAUGACGAGCCGCGCUCGGGCCACUCGAGCUCGGAGGGCGAGUGCGCGGUGGCGCCGGAACCGCUAACGGGAGCUGAGGGCCUCUUCUCCUUCGCCGACUUCGGGUCUGCUCUGGGCGGCGGCUCGGGCCUCUCGGGCCGGGCGUCCGGCGGGGCCCAGUCGCCGCUGCGCUACCUGCACGUCCUGUGGCAGCAGGAUGCGGAGCCGCGCGACGAGCUGCGCUGCAAGAUCCCCGCCGGCCGGCUGCGGCGCGCCGCCAGGCCCCACCGCCGGCUCGGGCCCACGGGCAAGGAGGCGCACGCUCUGAAGAGACUGAGGGACUCAGCCAAUGCCAACGAUGUGGAAACAGUGCAGCAGUUGCUGGAAGACGGUGCAGAUCCCUGUGCAGCUGAUGACAAGGGCCGCACAGCUCUACACUUUGCCUCCUGCAAUGGCAAUGACCAGAUUGUGAAGCUGCUCCUGGACCACGGGGCUGAUCCCAACCAGCGAGAUGGGCUGGGGAACACGCCACUGCACCUGGCGGCCUGCACCAACCACGUCCCUGUCAUCACCACACUGCUACGCGGAGGGGCCCGUGUGGAUGCCCUGGAUCGAGCUGGCCGCACAUCCCUGCACCUGGCCAAGUCGAAGCUGAACAUCCUGCAGGAGGGCCAUGCCCAGUGCCUGGAGACUGUGCGGCUGGAGGUGAAGCAGAUCAUCCAUAUGCUGAGGGAGUACCUGAACCGCCUAGGGCGGCACGAGCAGCGAGAACAGCUGGACGACCUGUGUACCCACCUCCAGAUGACCACUACCAAAGAACAGGUGGAUGAAGUGACUGACCUCCUGGCCAGCUUCACCUCCCUCAGUCUGCAGAUGCAGAGCAUGGAGAAGAGGUAGCAAGAGCGGCUCCCUGCCUUCCUGCCACUGCCCACCCCUGCCCCACUGCUCUCUCAGUACCAAGAAAAAGGCCUACAUCUGGGACUUGGAGCUGCACUUGUCUGGUGAGGACCUUGCCCUCACCUGCAGAUGCAGUGGGGCAGAGAUGCUCUCUCCAUGGCCUCAGAGCUGCUCCAGUCCGUCUCCAGCAUCUCUGUAGACAGGGACCACAGCUCCCAGCUUCUUCCAGUUCCUGCAGCACCAGACCAGCCUCUGCAGCUACACUUCAGCUCUGCAGACCUACACUGUCCCAGCAGACCUCACUUGCCCAUGGCCUUCAUGGCACCCUCCAGGCCUCAGACUCUUCCUUGUGUUCCGUCCCAGCUACAAGCUUGUUGUAGUCAGCAGGUGUGGACAGGCAGGCACCCUCUGGCCACGGGAACUCGGUGGGCCCCUUAGCUGGUCCUGUGACACUCACCAGCACUUAGACACGUCACCAGACUUCCUUUUCUUUUUUUUUUUUUUUUUUUUUGAGACAGUUUCGCUCUGUCACCCAGGCUGGAGUGUAAUGUUGCGAUCUCAGCUCGCUGUAGCUGCCACCUCUCAGGUUCAAGUGAUUCUCCUGUCUCAGCCUCCCAAGUAGCUGGAUUAUAGGUGUCCACCACACCUGGAUAAUUUUUUGUAUUUUUAGUAGAGAUGAGGUUUCACCAUGUUAGCCAGCCUGAUUUUGAACUUCUGCCCUCAAGUGAUCCACCUGCUCCAGCCUCUCAAAGUUCUAGGACUAUAGGCAUGAGCCACUGCGCCCAGCCUGUCACCAGACUUUCAAGGAGAUAACUGCAAUCAAGACAAGGUUUCUCAACCUCGAUGGCGAGUUUCUCUGGUUGGAAGGGGAGGGUUGGUGAGUCCUAAACCUUAAAAAUACAAGGUGAAAAGGGACUCCAAAGCAAAAAAUCCCAUUCCUUUUCCUCCUAGUCAUUGAAACACCAAAACUAUUACACCGGAGGGUGGAGGGUCACUUUUGCAGCCUAGUUGUGGUAGGCCAGUAGUGGCUCCCCAAGGUGCCCAUGUCCUAAUCCCAGGAACCUGUCAGCCUUACCUUCUGUGGCCAAAGGGGCUUUGCAGAUGUAAAGAAGUUAAGGAUCUUUGGCCUGGAAGAUUAUCACGGCUGGUCCAGGAGGGUUUGAUGUCCUCACCCAGGUCCAUAUAAGAGCACAGCAGGUGACCGGAAUUGAGUAGGGCAGUGCAAGCCACGGAUUGCAGGCUGCCUCCAGAGCCAGGAAACGCAUUCUCCCACCGAGGCCUAGAAGGCGCCGGCCCUGCUUCCACCUGGACUGGCUCAGUGAGGCUGACAUUAGAAUUCUGGCCUCCAGAAAUCUAAGGGAAUAAAUUUGGGUUAAGUCUCUAA